GGCGUGGACGGCCGGUCGCCGGUCUCCCACUCCGACUGCUACGUCAAGUACGAAAUGGAGCCGGCCCCCGGAGCCCAAAGUCGGGCUCGCCCUCUCACCGCCCCUCCUGCUAUAAAGCGAGCGCGCCCACGCCACGGCCUCUCCCAACCCAAACCACUUGCCCGCCGAUCCGUGCUCUCCGCAUCGGCACGCCAGCGCCAAGACCGUGCGGCGGCUGACGCGACUUCACACACCCACACACGAUGGCCACCUCCGGCCACGCCGUGGUCGACAUCGACGAGGCAGGCGGCGACAGCGGCGGCGGCGACCAGGCCAUGCGGCCGGCGCUCCCGCCGGUCCCGUACGUGCUCAACUUCGCCGACCUGUCGUACAGCGUCAAGAAGGGCGGCGGGCUAGCAGGUUGCCUCCCGUCGAGGCCCAGCAACCGCCUCGCGUCCGCGGACACGCCGCCGGCCGGGAACACCAAGACGCUGCUCGACGGCAUCUCCGGGGAGGCGCGGGAGGGGGAGCUGUUCGCCGUCAUGGGCGCCAGCGGCUCCGGCAAGUCCACGCUCGUGGACGCGCUGGCGGGGCGGAUCGCGCGGGAGAGCCUCCGGGGGACCGUCACGCUCAACGGGGAGCCGCUCCACGGCCGCCGCCUCCGCGCCAUCUCCGCCUACGUCAUGCAGGACGACCUGCUGUACCCGAUGCUGACGGUCCGCGAGACGCUGCUGUUCGCCGCCGAGUUCCGCCUCCCGCGCGAGCUGCCCCAGGACAGGAAGCGCGCGCGCGUUGACGCGCUCAUCGACCAGCUCGGCCUGUCCCGGGCCGCGGACACCAUCAUCGGCGACGAGGGCCACCGCGGGGUGUCCGGCGGAGAGCGCCGGCGCGUGUCGAUCGGGACGGACAUCAUCCACGACCCGAUCCUGCUGUUCCUGGACGAGCCCACCUCCGGGCUUGACUCGGCCAGCGCCUUCAUGGUGGUACAGGUGCUCCGCCGCAUCGCGCAGAGCGGCAGCGUGGUGAUCAUGACCAUCCACCAGCCCAGCGCGCGCAUCCUCGGCAUCCUCGACCGCCUGCUCCUGCUCUCGCGCGGACGCACCGUCUACGCCGGCACGCCCGCCGGCCUCAAGCCCUUCUUCGCCGAGUUCGGCGCGCCCAUCCCGGACAACGAGAACCCCGCCGAGUUCGCGCUCGACACCAUCCGCGAGUUCGAGCGCCAGCCCGACGGCGCCGCCGCGCUCGCCGACUUCAACACCAAGUGGCAGAACACGUCAGCAGUGGAAAAGGAAAGCAAGCUCAUGAGCACGAUGCCCCUGGAGCUCGCCAUCGCCGAGAGCGUGUCCCGGGGGAAGCUGGUCGCCGGGAGAGGAUCUGGGAGCGCGGUGAGCGGGUCGGUGCCGACGUUCGCGAACCCGCCGUGGACGGAGGUGUGGGUGCUGAUCAAGCGGUCCUUCACCAACACGGGACGCAUGCCGGAGCUCUUCGCCAUGCGGCUGGGAACGAUCAUGGUCACUGGCUUCAUCCUGGCCACCAUCUUCUGGCGCCUGGACGACACGCCUAAGGGCGUGCAGGAGCGGCUGGGCUUCUUCGCCAUGGGCAUGUCGACCAUGUUCUACGUGUGCGCCGACGCGCUGCCGGUGUUCGUGCAGGAGCGCCACAUCUACCUCCGCGAGACCGCGCACAACGCCUACCGCCGCAUCUCCUACGUGCUCGCCAACGCCGUCGUCGCCUUCCCGCCGCUCGUGCUCCUCUCCUUCGCCUUCGCGCUCAUCACCUUCUGGGCGGUGGGGCUCUCCGGCGGCGCCUCGUCGUUCCUCUUCUUCGUCCUGAUCAUCCUGGCCUCCUUCUGGGCGGGCAGCGGCUUCGUCACGUUCCUCUCCGCCGUGGUGCCGCACGUCAUGCUGGGGUACACGGUCGUGGUUGCCAUCCUCGCCUACUUUCUUCUCUUCUCAGGUUUCUUCAUCAACCGCGACCGCAUCCCGGACUACUGGAUCUGGUUCCACUACCUGUCGCUGGUCAAGUACCCGUACCAGGCGGUGCUCCAGAACGAGUUCAGCGACGCGUCGCGCUGCUUCUCCCGCGGCAUCGAGAUGUUCGAUGGGACCCCCGUGGGGCACUUAUCCGAGGCCGUGAAGCUCAAGGUGCUGGACGCCAUCAGCAGGACGCUGGGGUCGAACAUGACGGCCAACACCUGUGUCACCACCGGCGCCGACGUGCUGGCGCAGCAGGCCGUCACGGACAUAGGCAAGUGGAAGUGCCUGCUCGUCACCGUGGCGUGGGGGUUCUUCUUCAGGGCCCUCUUCUACGUAGUCUUGCUCGUCGGCAGCAAAAACAAGCGCAAAUAAGCCCAUGUGGUUAGUUAUUUUGUGAUUGUGCUGAUGAAGCAAAUGUAUAGCUCGAUGCGUGCAACUUUUUAUUUAUUAUUUCUUAAUAUAUAUUUCCUUUUUUUAGCAUUGUACGCCUAAUAAUGCAAUGCUUGGAGUAAAAACUUUUAACACUA